UAUUUCUAUUUCGAUUUCGAUUUCGAUUUCAAUUUCCAUUCUGAAAGUGAGCAUUUGUCUUACUCCUCACCACUUUCCAAACCUCACCGGAAUUCUUUUUUAUUUUCCUUUUUGGUGCUAACCUCUGAAUUCUCAGACCCUCAUCCUCCUCCACUCCCACUACCUGGAUUGGAACAUCGUAUUGAAACAGAGACGUGUGUGAAGCUUUUGUGGUUUUCAAUGGUGGAUUGAAGAAAGAGAAUACCAGAUUUUUCCUGUCAAAUUUGUUCACGUUUUUGAUUGGUUGAAAGAGAGAAAGGAGGGUCUUUUGGGUAUCGAUUCUGGAAAUGAGAGCUGGGCUUAGUACGAUCCUGCAAACUCUGACGUCGGAGGCGGCUACUGUUUUGAACCAGUCAAUUGCCGACGCGGGUCGACGUAACCAUGGCCAGACCACGCCGGUUCAUGUCGCUGCAACUCUGUUGGCUUCCCCAACUGGGUUUCUUCGCCAGGCUUGCAUCAAGUCUCAUCCUAAUUCAUCGCACCCACUUCAGUGCAGAGCUCUUGAGCUCUGUUUUAGCGUCGCUCUCGAACGCCUACCCACGGCCCAAAACGUGUCCUCUGCCUCUGAACCACCGAUCUCCAAUGCGCUAAUGGCAGCUCUUAAACGCGCACAAGCCCACCAACGCCGUGGCUCUUCUGAAUUGCAGCAGCAACCUAUGUUAGCGGUGAAGGUUGAGUUCGAGCAGCUAGUUAUAUCCAUUCUCGAUGAUCCAAGCGUGAGUAGAAUUAUGCGGGAGGCGAGCUUUUCGAGCCCUGCUGUAAAGGCUACGAUUGAACGAUCUUUGAAUUCCUCGGCAUCUGUGGUGAAUUUAUCCCCUAUUGGAUUAGGUUGCCACGCUUCCCCGACGCCUCAUCGGAAUCUUUAUUUGAAUCCACGGUUGCAUCAGGGAAGCGUUACCCAAUUGGAACAGCCGAGAGGGGAGGAAGUGAAACGAAUCGUGGAUAUAUUGCUCCGGCCGACCAAGAGAAAUCCAAUCGUAGUUGGGGAUUCGGAAACAGAUGCAAUGAUUGAGGAAUUUUUUAGGCGAAUUAAUAAGAAAGAACUGACUGAAGGGCCGCUUGAAAAUGCUGAGAUUAUCCAUUUGGAGAAGGAGCUUGCAUCAGAUGGAGCACAAAUACCCACAAAACUUGAUGAAUUGGAAGAUUUGUUAGCGACCCGAAUAGCCAAUUCGAGUUCUGGGAGCAUAAUUCUUGACUUGGGGAAUCUACAAUGGUUGAUUGAGCAGCCGGCGAGUUGUGUAUCCCCAGGUUCCGGCAUGUUGGUGCAGCCCGUUGUAUCCGAGGCCGGCCGUGCUGCCGUUCAGAAGAUUGGAAAGGUAUUGAUAAGGUUCAGAGAGGAAACUGCCGGCCUGCUGUGGUUGAUAGGAACCGCUACUUGUGAGACGUUCUUGAGAUGCCAAAUCUAUCAUCCCUCCAUCGAAAGUGAUUGGGAUUUACAUGUUGUCCCCGUUGUGGCUAAAGCCCUUCGCUCUGGGUUAUAUCCAAGGCUUGGAACAAAGGAGAUUCUAGGCAGUUCAAUCGAAUCCUUGUCCCCAAUGAAGUUCUUUCCAACGCCUCCCAUUAGCCAACUAAGACAUGAAUCUGAGACUCUAAAUGUUGAUCCAAGAACAACUUGCUGCCCACAGUGUAUCCAGAAGUAUGAACAAGAACUACAAAAACUCAUGAACGAGGAGUCUGAGAAAUCUCCAUCAGGAGUCAAAACAGACAGCAAUCACCCUCCACUGCCACACUGGCUGCAAAAGGCUAAAGCUGAUGCUCCUAAUGCUGAAUCAGUUGAUUUGAAACAGAGCAAGGACCACGAAUUGAUGGUAAAGCAGAGGAAUCAAGAACUACAGAAGAAAUGGAAUAAUACAUGCUUGCACCUUCAUCCCAAUUUCCAUCAACCAAAAAUUUUCAGUUCUACAGGAAAUAUGUCAACAAUGGGUUUAUAUAAUCAAAACUUGCUCAAGAGCCAGCCUUGUCAGCCAAGGUUAGAAGUGAAUAGAAGCCUUGGGAGAACUCUUCAGCUGAAUAUGAAUCCACAACUCAACCAGCCAUCUGACUACAGCUCAAUACGAACAGACUUGAUUCUUGGGCAAACUCAUAAAGACUGCACCAAAGAAUUUUGGGGCCAAAAUCAUAAAUCAUCCAGACCAGAGACGAGUGCCAAACUUCUAGGCAUAUCAGAUGUUGAUUCAUACAAGAAGGUCCUUAAAGUUCUAACGGAGAAGGUUUGGUGGCAGGGGGAUGUAGCUUCUGCUGUGGCUAACACAAUAACUCAACGCGAAUUGGGCAGCAGGAAACGUCAAGGUGCUGGAUCAAAAGGAGACAUUUGGCUAUUAUUUGCGGGGCCUGACAAAGUUGGCAAGCAGAAGAUGGCAUCAGCUCUUUCAGAGCUGGUAUCUGGGUCCAUCCUGGUUACCAUUUAUGUUGGUACACAACGAGGUGGUAGAGGAUUGGACAACAAUUUUCGCGGUAGAACCCCAUUAGAUCAAAUUUCAGAGGCUGUUAGGAAGAAUCCAUUUUCAGUGAUAGUUCUUGAGGACAUUGAUGAAGCAGAUAUUAUAUUUCGUGGGAGUAUAAAACGGACAAUAGAAAGUGGUAGGCUCAUUGAUUCCCAUGGUCGAGAGAUCAGCCUUGGUAAUGUUAUUUUCAUCCUUACAACUGAUCGGCUACAGGAUGAUCUAAAUCACUCGUCCUAUCACAAUUCUUUUGGUGAAAACGAGCCUGCAAAUUUAGCUAAUGAAAGUUGGCAAUUGAGGUUAUCUCUGUCUGAAAAGCUGCUAAAACGUCGAGGGAAUUGGCUUUCCAAUGAAGAAAGGUUCACAAAAACCAGGAAAGCUACAAUUCCUAGUCUGUUUUUUGAUUUGAAUGAGGCUGCCAAUGCAGAGGACGACACUGCAGAUGGAUCACACAAUUCAAGCGACCUCACAAUUGAUCAUGAAGAUGAAUCUAGCCUAAGCAGGAUGGAAUCAACCACAGCUUCACCUGCAUUACACGAGCUUCAGGAUAUCGUCGACGACGCCAUUGUUUUCAAGCCAGUCAACUUCAACCAUAUAACCCGCCACAUUAAAACUUCUAUCCAUGAAAAAUUCUCCACCAUUAUUGGAGAGGGUGUCUCAAUCGAGGUACAAGACCAUGCUCUUCAAAAACUUAUAGCUGGGGUAUGGUUUGGCGACACUGGUUUAGAAGAAUGGGCAGAGAAAGCACUGAUUCCUAGCUUCAACCAUCUCAAGGCUUGCAUUCCAAAAACAGCCGGCGGUAUGCAAGACAAGUCAGUAGUUGUUACUCUCGAACUAGACCGUGAAUCAGGCAGUCGAAGCCGAGGAGAUCGGCUGCCCAGUAACAUCAGAGUAGUUACAGCAGUAGAUGGGUUAUGAGAAUAGGGUGGAGGUAACAUAAAAUGUUUGUAUAUAUGCAUAUAUACUUUGCCCCUAAGGCUGGGGGAGGGGAGUUGUUUUAAUUUAACAGCAUCUAGAUAUGCCUGAAACAAAUAGUUGGUAAGCAAGAAAUUGGUUUUUGAGUAUUGUUGAUAAACAGAAAGCAGUAUGUUGGUUGAUAGAACAGGAAUGACAAAGGAAACAAUGUCUUGUAAUUUCUUG